CCCCAAAAAAAAAAAAAAAAAAAUCUCCCUCGCAACACUCCAAUGGCUCGCUGGAUUCGAACUGCAACAAGAACCCUUUUCUCUUCCUUUUCUUCUUCUACUUCAUCACUUCUCCAAUCAAGAAAUGCCAUCACAUCUUCAUUUCUCUUCCAAUCCCCCAGACCUUACUCAGCUGACAACAAAAUUACUAAAUCGCCAUUCGAAGCUAACAUUCUCAGAAUCAUCGAUAAGGAAAUCGAUUACCAGUCUGAAUAUGCCCCUCCAUACCAGCCAGAGACGAGAUUUCAUUCAUUUACAGUGGAAGAUCGAUCAGGAGAGCAGUGGAUGAUAAUGAGGGGUAAAUAUGAUGAUAUUGAAGAUGUUAAACUUGAAGUUACAAUGUUUGAUGGAUAUGUAACUGUUCCAAAACUCGGAGAUGAUGCCUCAGGGGAAGAUGUGCGUCUUCACAUUAGUUUUAUUGUUGAUGUUUCCAAAGGGGAUGGUGGUGAAAAUUUGGAGUUUUUAUGCUCAGCAUGGCCUGAUCGUUUGGAGAUUCAGAAAGUUUACUUGCUCAGGGGUGAGAAGAUGCCGGGAAGGCCUUAUAUGGGGCCUGAUUUCAGGAAGUUGAAUAAAGAGCUUCAGAAGAGGCUUCGCGAGUACUUGGAGGCAAGGGGGGUAAAUGAUGAACUUUCUUUCUUCUUGCAUGAUUAUAUGCUGAAUAAGGAUAGGAUUGAACUUAUACAAUGGCUUGGAAAGGUCAAAUCUUUUGUAGAAAAAUAGAAGGAUGUUUUUUUAUGGUGCCCUUUAUGAGACAGCUUUGUUUAUUUUUUUUUUUUUUUUAUUUCACGAGAUCACUGUUAUUCAGUAUGUAGCUCACGGAAAUGAAAUUCUUGGAUUCCUGACUAA